GCAGCUUAUUUUUAGUAGUUUAUAUAAUGGAAAUAUGGCAAAAGUUUAGUUAGAUGUUGUGCAAAUACAUAUGCGUUAUAUUUUGUGCGCGAAUCAUUAAGCAAAAACAUUAAAAAGUGUUACAAAAAGUGACGGACGGUGUGGGCUUGAGUGAAGCAGCAGGCAGAAGAAGAAGCGUCGCCAGCAGCAAGUCUUAAACAUAAGUGGUCAGAGGAGCACCCAACCAAUCGUACACCCCGUGCUCGUUACACACAUACCGUUUUACUUUUUUGCGUUUUUCUUGUAAAUUUUACCGCUUGUGUGGCGUCAGUGUCGGCUUAAAGUGCGGCAUGUUUAGAUUUGUUAUAAAUAUUGCAUGUUGAUUUGGUAAAACUUUGAACGCAGUGAGCAACCGAAACCGGAUUUGAAUCAAACUACAUACUGCAUACGGUAAAUAGGACAUCCCAAAGCUGAUCGUGGAAUUGGACAGCAGACGCAAAGAGAAGAUAGGCAAUAGCAAAAUUUCUCUCAAAAUUCAAAUAUGAUGGUACAAGAGCCUGUGCAGGCAGCCAUAUGGCAUUGUCUGAACCACUACGAUCACAAGGAUGCCAUAUUCCUGGCCGAACGCCUCUGCUGUGAAGUGGAAAACGAUGAGACGAUAUUCCUGUUAGCCACCAGCUAUUACCGUUCCAAUCUCGUGCAUCAAGCCUAUUGGCUGCUCAAGGAAAAGCCACGCCGUUCGCCUCAGUGUCGUUACUUGCUGGCCAAAUGUGCCUACGAGCUUAAAAAGUAUGCGGAUGCCGAAUGUGCGUUAAUAAGCACGGGAUUUGCAGACAAUAAGAACUUCGACGAACUGCAAAAGGAGUUUGGUGAACUGGCAUGUUUUGCCUAUGAGCUAAUUGCCCAAAUUUGUGUUCGAACAGAACGCAACAAAUUAGCUGCGAGCGCAUUGAGGCGUGCUUUAAAAUUGAAUCCCUUCAUGUGGCAUGCCUUCGCCAAUCUGUGCCUGCUGGGUCAGGACACGGAUACGUCAACAAUAUUCCAAAUCCACAGCACAGAUGUGUUCAACACUUGCCAGGGCAAUGCUAAUCCUAAUUCAAUGGUGCUGUUUGGCGGCGCGCAUUUGCUAAGCGAUCAGCAACCCCAAAACCAACAGCAGCUGCAACAGCAAACCGCACUCGAGACUCUGCUGUUGAGUAAUCUGAGCAAUAAUACGAAUUAUAUAUUGUCCACGCCAGUGGAUCAACAGCCGGCGAAUCAACAGCAGCAACAACAGCAGCAGCAAAACAAUAACAGCGGCCUAGCCAACUUGCAGAAUCUAAUAACCCCUAAUAACAACAAUAAUAACAACAAUAAUCUCAAUAGCUCAAUAACCAUGCUGAGAGGCGGUGGGGGUAUAGCCUUGCAGCAGAAUAGCCAAAACACCAAUAUGCUAAUGCUGGAAGACACGCCCAUGGCGUAUGCGCACGAUACAAGUGGCGUGACGGCAUUACCAGCUGGUCAACAACAGCAGCAGCAGCUUUAUGAUGGCGCUGGGACACCAUUCCGCAAACAAUUCAAAUAUCUGUCAAACCUCUCUCCAUUGACACCCAGCUUUGGCAUCAUGCCCCUAACUAGUCCAUGUGCUGCUGGCAAUGGUGAUGGUUCUUUCAUUGCCAACUUCAAUACGUCGGCUGUGCAGUCCAAUUUAAACAUUAGCUACUCACCGUUGCCCCAAAUGCUGGUCGAAGUCAAUCAGGAGCCCAAGAUUAUGGGUAAAAAGCUGAAAACACAUGUCGGCGGCAUUAUCAAUCGCAAGGAUACUAGCAGUAAUAAUAAACCCGCCGUUUUCACACAGACCGGCAAUAUAACUCCGCGCACGCCAAACAAUGUUGGCAAUCCGAAUACGGGGGUGGCUCCCAAUCCAAAUGCCGCUGUACGGCGAAGCUCGCGCCUGUUCAGCAAUUCAGCGUACUCGGUUAAGGAGAACAACAAAUCGCCGAAUAUAACCAACAAUAAAUUUGUACAGCCGCGUUCGCCGCCGCGAAAAACAAAGACGCGCAUGCCCAAAAUCUGUUUAAAUAAUGAGCUUAUUGAGGAGAAGUCCCAUCAUCUGACUGACAAGCUAAGUGAAAAGCAGGCGCGUAAAGAGAAAGUCGAGACAAUUACAUCGGCGACGGGUAAUAACAACAACAACAAUCGGAAUGCUGCCGAGGAUGCCAAAGUGCUUCUCAAUAAUAGCCUAAACAAUGCGCAAACGAUGGCACAUCAGUUGUUGGGCAUGAAGAAGCAAUCGGCCGAUGGAUUAAUGUCGUUGCUGCGCGAUCUUGGCGACGGCUAUAAAUUGCUAUCCACCUUUCAAUGCAAGGCGGCCAUAAAGCAGUUUGAAUCGACGAUACCAAAGCAUCAUUUGUGUUCCAGUUGGGUGCAAUCUUUGAUUGCCAUGUCCAAUUAUGAGAUGCGCGACUAUGAGGCUGCAGUUACGAUUUUCAAGCGCAUACAUGAAGCGGAGCCAUGUCGUCUGGAUUAUAUGGAAAUAUAUUCAACAUCGCUUUGGCAUUUGCAGAAGGAAGUUGAAUUAUCGGCACUGGCGCAAGAUCUAAUCAAUCAGGACAAAAGUAAUCCAGUAACGUGGUGUGUGGCCGGCAAUUGUUUCUCUUUGCACAAAGAACACGAAACGGCCAUAAAGUUCUUCAAACGUGCCGUUCAAGUGGAUGCAGAUUUUGUGUACAGCUACACCUUAUUGGGCCAUGAGCUUGCACUCACGGAAGAAUUCGACAAGGCCAUGGACUAUUUCCGUGCAGCCGUGGUGCGUGAUCCAAGGCAUUAUAAUGCUUGGUUUGGCAUUGGCACCAUCUAUUCCAAGCAGGAGAAAUACGAACUGGCUGAACUGCAUUAUGUGAAGGCGUUAAAAAUUAAUCCACAGAACUCUGUCAUACUGGUCCACAUCGGAGCCAUGCAGUUCUUUAUGCAGAAAAAGGAUUUGGCAUUGCAGACGCUCAAUACGGCGGCCACAUUGGAUCCUAAAAAUCCGCUCGCGCGCUUCCAUCGUGGCUCCAUAUACUUUUCCCUCGGAAAGUAUCAGGAGGCGUUACGCGAGCUAGAGGAACUCAAGGAGAUUGUGCCAAAGGAGUCUGUGGUGUUCUAUUUAAUUGGAAAAAUACACAAAACGCUGGGCAACAUGGAUCUGGCAUUAAUGCAUUUCAGCUGGGCCACCGAUCUGGACCCCAAAGGUGCAAAUAAUCAAAUGAAAGAUGCCUUCGAUUCAAUGGCCCAUCCCAGCUGUUGUCCGGCUAGCGAUACCGCCUUGGAUGUCGACUUCGAACCAACCUCGGAGCGCUCAGAUGACUCGACGCAAGCGCAACAGGAUGUUAGCUAUGAUAGUGACUAUUAGGCAUGUCUCGGACCCCGAUAUGUAUAUAGAUAUAUAUUUAUGCAAAUAGGAAAGAAAACUCCAGCUGCUACUCCAAUCUCGUCGUUAUCGUCGCCGCUUUCUGUAAGUUUCCAGCGGCAGCAGAGCAAACCAAUUAUGAAGCAUAAUAAAGUCUAAACAGAACUCGUAGCAUUAGUAACUUUAAGAAAAGAUCGAAACGUAAAAAAUUAUAACGGUUUAAAGAACUCUGUGCACUCUGAAUGUUUAAGGCAAAACCAAAAGAAAAAAACAAAAAAAAAAGUAUACACAAACUAAAUUAUACGAAUGCAAAUUAAAAUUAUUACUAUUAAAUUGUACAAGUUAAAUAAGUUUGAGUCGUGUUUGCACGGCAGAGCUUGACGGCGUCGAAGGCCGGCGAGGCAGCUAAAAAAAAAAACAAAAAACUGAAUCCAAACAACGGGGAUCGACGCUGUGAAGUGCUGGCCAUUAUGCGUAAUAAUAACAAAAACAAAGAAAGAGAAUAUACAAUUUAAUCAGA